AUGGCCUCAGAACGCUACAUGACAGUGAACACCAACUUGUCUUCCACCCCGUCACCUGCAGUAGCGGCGCCGUCGACGCCUAGCCGCUCACUAUCUGGUUCUGGCUCUGCACCCAAACCGAGAGGCAUCCUCAAGAACGCCCCACCCUUGUCCGGUUCUGGCCAACACUUGCAAUGGGACGAGGAGAACCUCGCGCUCACCGAGCUCCAGAAAGACAGUCUUAUGAAGAUCACGGAGCCCAAGACUCCGUACGUUCGGUAUGACGCGGAGACAGACACCAUCGAUGGUGAAAUCCCGAACCUCGACCUCUCGACGAACUCCGCCUACUCAUCCCCGCGUGCACAGUCGCCGUCGAACAUCAGCGACCGCGACAACAUUAUCUCUUCGCCCUCCUCUCGGCGCACGUCCUUCUCCAGCGCCGUCUCCGUCUCGGGGCGUCCCAUCCUGUCGGGGAGCGGCCGCCCGGGGAGCAGCAGCGGAAGGCCCGGGAGCAGCGGUGGGCGGAGCGGGAGCUCGAGCAGGAGCACGAGCUUCAAUUUGCCAGCCGACGCGAGGGGAGAUCUGUAUGGAAUGCGAGGGGACAGCGGUGAGGUGGAGGUGGAGGAGAUGGAUGAGGAGACUGCCGCGAAGCACGCGGCCUUCAUCCGCGCACGAGGACGGCACUACUCUAACGAGGCCGAGGCCAUGAAGAAAGCCCAGCAGCUCAUGGAUGAAGAUGAUGACGACGAGGCCGUGCACGACCCUCGCGCCGCUGACGCCGAAGCGCAGUCCGAGACCGAUCUCGAGUCCGUUACCGCGUCGGCGGAGGACGGGGACGACAGCGCGAGUGCCGCGGACGUGUCGAUGGAGGACGCCCACAGUGUGCGCGAGAAUGGGGACGCGGGCCCGCCACGCGUGAACGGGGUCACGCACGCGCUCUGAGGUUUCAGCACGUUGCGUGUCGUCUAUGUGUCGUCGAAGCUAUCGCGAGGGACCGUGCGUGCUCUCUGUUUCCCGUCUCCCUCUUUGAUGAUGUCCUUGCCCCCACUCGCUCCCAUGUUUAUACACCGUUUAUAUACCGCUUCGCCGAUACGCUGGAACGAGAGCACGGAUGCGGCUGCAGAUACAGAUGCUCGAGCCUUACGCACUUUGUUGUAUGUAGAUGCGCGUACAGGUUAGCGUGACGACAUACUAUAUAUUUGUUCUUGGACAUCGAGGGCGCAGGUGGAGAAGCAAACCGCGACGUGUACUUGUACCCCUAUCGACACCAUGAUUAUACCCUCGUGUUUUCCU